GCUCGCGGAAACACAGUAAACAUGGGGCUUCAAUCGGGAAAUACAGUGAAACCAAAAUCGACUCGCCCAGUGAGUGAAACAAGAAAGAUCCGGAAGCCGCUGAUGGAACGCAAGAGACGCGAGAGAAUCAACACGAGCCUCAAUGACCUGGCAGCGCUUCUGACGGAGGCCAACCUGGUCAAGGGAGAAACCGGCAAACCGAGUAAACUCGAAAAGGCAGACAUCCUUGAGCUAACGGUAAAACACCUGAAGGAAUUAAAGGACAAGGGGGGCACGUGUCACGCGAGCACUUCUUCGGGAGCAAGGAAAACUGGGACAGAAACUGCCACUGUACCAGAAAAGGCCUGUGACAGUGGUGAGGACACGUCCAGUGACAACGCAAGCAAUCAACACAAUGAACUUUGCGAAGACAAACAAAAAGUAGAAAACAGAGCAAACGAGGCAAUAAGUGACGAAGAACGAGAUGAAUUUGCGCGUGCGACGUGUUCAUUGCCUUGUGCAGGUUCAGUUAAAUCCAGUUCCAACGUGAGUGAAAAUAUCAGUUCCCAGGAUGAAACAUUGGCCUCUUUAUUAGAAGAGAGGAACAACCGUAAUUCGUCAAGCUCUGCUCCGUCUUCAUCGAAAGGGAGCGUCAACAACGAAAACUACGUGUUGGGAUUCAAGAAAUGCAUGAGCGCUAUCGAAAAGAUCAUGACUGCCAAACAAGAUCAUGAGAACUGCCAUCAAGAAACCAUCCGUCCGAAACUCUUGAACCACCUGAAGAAUUUUCUGAAAUCCAUAGAUAUCGAUCUGAAGACGUCAGUCACUUCAUCCAAAACAAGUCUCGAUAAAUUAUCAGUAAAUGGUACCGAACCUAGUUCCAAAGUAGCCGAUGUAUCUUCAACUACAAGUGAAGGCGAUCAAUCUAGCAAUGUGCCCAUGUCCAAUUUGACUCUAGUUCCAACAAGAUUACCCGGGGGUAACCUAGCUUUCGUGGUGCAAGGGGGACCUGAUGCCACUGUACUGAUACAAUCCGCUGAAAUGAUGCUUCAAAACCCCGAGACGAAAGAAGAAAAGUUCGCUCAAAAAAGGCCAACUGAGGGGAAAGGCAAGAUAAAAUCAGAAGACGCAUUACUAUCAGAUGAUGUAAUCAAAACGCGAAAAAAGGAAGAAAUCCGUUCGAUCAAAGUUGAAAGCGGCAACUACAAUUCACAAAUACAAAAUAAAGAAACACCCCCGAAACAAUUUCCUUCUCAGCUUCCAAAUACAUCUCAAGUAUUCCAACAAAAUACAGUUACAAAAGCAAACUUCACCGCGCAGUCAGCACCCACUUCUCUAAGACCAAUGACCCCAGCCAAGCCUCCUCCAAAGGUGUCUCAAACGCCAUCUGAAAGUUCACUUGAAAGCAAAAGCCACGACCAGUUUAACGUUCAGUUCACAUCUCUAACACCAACAGUUAGACCUAACACUCGAAAAUCUCUGUCGUCUCCUCCGCCAUCGACAUCUCGAGAAUAUUUCAUGAACAAGCGGGCCUUCCAUGUCUCUUGUGCAACGACGACUGUUCAUCCUUCACAACCUGUGGAUUUGGAUAGGAGUAGCGGCCAAUUAGCGAGCACUUCGUAUCCCCAGCACAACGAAACUGCAACCAUUCCCGCUACAUCAUCAACGUUCGCUAUUAACAUCACGCAUAACCAAUCUGGAACUGCAUUUACGCCGGUGAAGGAAAGCACAUCUUUCCAUUUUCACCUUCCAGUUACCCCCCAAACGCCAAACUCAGAAAACUGCAAUCAACAAAUGCAGCCCUCGUCCUUAACCUCUCCUUUGUCUAGGCUUUGCCCAAACAGUCUCGUACUCUCCACGCCAACGGCAUCAACAUCUAGUCAUCCCCUUUACACAGACCAACUGCAAUUUCUCACACCUCCUCCAACACCGAUAGAACAUGCAAGUCUAAGAAAGGCAUCUAUGAGUAUGUAUCAAGAGGAAAGCGAAUCCCUUAUUGUUUGUCAUCCACCAAUACCACAGCAUUUGAAUGCGUCUACUUCUUCUCAAGCAAUACUGCAGCCUCCAAAAAGCUCGGUUUCAAAUUCAUACAAGGGCAGAGCAAAAACCAUGGAAGAAAAGAAUGCACAAGAAAGGCCGAAUGACAGAAGAGAUAAUGACGAAAACCCUUUCAUGGUAGAAGAGAGAAGAAACCAUCAAGACAACGAGUUACCGUUUGACUUAUCUCUUAGAAGAAUGUGGCGGCCGUGGUAAACAACAACGUUUAAAUAGCGAAAUACUGUAGCGCUGUGAUUCAUUCAAACAUUACUCUUACUUUCUCCAACUACUGCGUCAUAUCUGAUAGUUUCAGAAGUGUAAAGGUCAGACAAUAACUGCAACUUGAAUAUUUCUAUUAAACACGGUAAACAGUGCAUUCAAGGUUCAUUGAAAAUUGUUCAUCGAUACAUCAACACAUACCUAUGAUUAACACUUAACUUUGCCGCAAAUGCAGUAUAAACCCUUAUUAACCCACAAAACCAAUUGAGUGGUAUUCGUGAGCCAAGUGUUUUGAACAAAAUGAAAAUUUAAAAUGGCAUCCCAAUGACAUAAGGAAAUCGUGAUAACAUUGACGAUGAAAUGCGUUGUGACUGUUAUUGAGUGUUCUUUGUUUAGUGUCCAGCUUCAAAGAAAUAAAGUGCCCUAAUGGAAUUACAAGUGUUGUGAAAAUCUGUGCAAUGGUGGGGCAUGUUUAUAUAAAGAAGCUAUUUGUUCAUUAAAAUUAUGGCUCCUUAAGUAUUCUGUCAGAUGAUAAAUAGUAUUUUAUUAUCAUUUCCUUACUGUCUUCUGAUAUGUCUUCCUUCACCUGUCAAAUGAAAUAUAUAUGAAUUUUAAGCUGUGAUCAUUUUCAGUCAAACAAUUUCGGUCAUUCCAAAGCAUCUCAUGGCAUCUUUAGGGACUUUCAGAGAGGAAGGAACAAUUUCACAAUUCUCCAAGCCUG